UUUCAAACCCCAAACCAACAAAAACCAUGACUAAAAUCCAAGGCGGCGCUGUCGUCGAGAUGCAAGGCGAUGAGAUGACCCGCAUCAUCUGGGACAUUAUCAAGCAAAAGCUCAUUCUGCCGUUCGUCGACCUCGACAUUCACUUUUUCGACCUCGGAAUGGAGCACCGCGAUGCCACCAACGAUCAGGUCACCAUUGACUGCGCAAACGCCAUUCUCAAGUACAACGUUGGCAUCAAGUGCGCCACCAUCACCCCCGACGAAGCCCGUGUCAAGGAGUUCAACCUGAAGCAAAUGUGGAAGUCGCCUAACGGCACCAUCCGCAACAUUCUCGGUGGCACCGUCUUCCGCGAGCCCAUUCUGUGCAAGAACGUCCCCCGCCUUGUGCCAGGCUGGACCAAGCCCAUCGUCAUUGGCCGUCACGCGUUCGGCGACCAGUACCGCGCGACCGACUUUGUUGUGCCCGGCGCGGGCUCGCUCGAAAUGGUCUUCAAGCCUGCCGACGGCGGCCCGGCCCAGACCUACAAGGUGUUUGACUUCCCCGGCGGCGGUGUUGCCAUGGGCAUGUACAACCUCGACAACUCGAUCUGCGACUUUGCCCGCAGCUGCCUGUCCUACGCACUUGACCGCAAGUGGCCCUGCUACCUGAGCACCAAGAACACAAUCCUCAAGCGCUACGACGGUCGAUUCAAGGACCUCUUCCAAGAAGUCUACGAGAAGGAGUUCAAGGACCAGUACAAGGCUGCCGGCAUCUGGUACGAGCACCGUCUCAUUGACGACAUGGUUGCGUACAGCAUGAAGGCCGACGGCGGCUACGUCUGGGCGUGCAAGAACUACGACGGCGACGUCCAGUCAGACUCUGUUGCCCAAGGCUUUGGCUCGCUCGGCCUCAUGACCUCGGUCCUGCUUUGCCCCGAUGGCAAGACCAUCGAGGCCGAGGCCGCCCACGGCACUGUGACCCGCCACUUCCGCGAGCACCAGGCUGGCCGCGAGACCUCCACCAACCCCAUUGCCUCGAUUUUCGCAUGGACUCGUGGCCUGGCUCACCGCGCCAAGCUCGACAGCAACCCGGCGCUCGCCCACUUUAGCACUGCUCUUGAGCAAGUCUGCGUCGAGACGAUCGAAGCUGGCUUCAUGACCAAGGAUCUUGCUCUUGCUGUUAAGGGAGACCAGCUCAAGCGUGAGGACUACCUCAACACGUUCGAGUUUAUGGACAAGCUGGCAAGCAACCUGACUGUCAAGCUGAACGCCAGCAAGCUUUAAAAACACACAAACACAAUCGUUCGGAGCCUGAGCGCUGUUGUUUUCCUCGAUUUACUGCUUCAUCGGUUAUUUUUCUGGGUUUGGUCGCCCAUAUCGGUUUUUUCUUCAUUGACACAUUACUCAAUAUACCU